AUGACCUCUUCCUUGAUCGCGUCUUCAUCCCCGUUACAGAAUGCUGCUUUACCGAGCAACAUCAGCACUUCAAUGACAAAUGACUCUCCCGCAUCGUCCUCAGCAUCAACCAGCCACUUCUGUUCCCCGAGUUUCGAAUCUUUUGCCCCGCCGAGCAAGGUUCGCCGAUUGGACGGUCAUUUUUUGCGCCUCGAAAAUCCCAAGGAGACAGAAGGAUUGACGGAGGAGGAGGGAGCGGAAGAGAAGGGACUUCUGCUGCACCAGUUACGCUCUUCCGCGCCUGCUUUCUCCCGCGAUCGCGCUGAUUCGUCGCAUCCUCAUCUUGACGCUGAGCCUUGCCACUCUCGAGGGUCCUCGCCCAAGCCCUCUCUCACCUCUCUUCCCUCCGAGCUUGUCCGCGUUAUAAUCUCCCUCGUUGACGCACCAAGAGACCGCGGUUGCUGCGCGCUCGUCUGCCGGGCCUGGCGCCAAUGGGAGCGUGCCACGCGUACCCAGCUACACCUGCGCGGAAGCCUCAGCGACCUUCCGAGCCUGGGGACGUGCUUCGACUCGGUGACGGACCUGGACCUGGCUGAUGUCCACCCUGAUUGGCCAGGUUCGGAAGAAGAACUAAGGCAGGUCUUCCGAACGUCGUUUCCGAACCUCCGCCGCGUCCGAGCCAACGUUAGCCCGUCUGGCUUGGAGUACGUGCGGCUGUGCUGGCCGAAGCUGGAGAGCGUUGUGAUUGGCCACUGGGAUGGCCUGGACGAGGGCCUGGAGGCGCGCCACGUCAGCAGUUUAGUGUCCCGUUGCCCUAAAGUCGACUCGAUCGACCUAGCCUGGAGCAGGCACUGUGACUUUAACGAGUUGCCGAAGCAGCUGAGCGAUUGCAAGCUGGGGAGGAUUCGCGUGCUGAACCUGCUGGGCGGGCCUGCUCCGUUAAGGGAUGACGCGUUAGAGGUGUUUGGACGGGGUGCUUUUCCGGGCCUUGAGGAGCUGUGUUUUGCGAUGGCGGAUGGUGGCGUCACUGAUAUGGGGAUCGCGAGUGUGGCGCGCGGGUGCCCGGCUCUGCGUGUGCUGCGCAUUGAAGACGUGGCGCACGACCUUAACGACAGCGACGAGGGGAACACGGACGGGGUUGCUGAUGGGGUUGCUGACGGGGAUGGCACUGGAGACACUGGGGAUGCGGCUGUGGAUGGGCCUUGGGACGCUUUUGGUGGCUCAGUAGAGGCAGCAGCAACAGCAGUCGCAGAAGCAGCAGUAGCGGUAGCUGCAGCGGCGGUGGACGUAGCAGAGGUUGAGCAAGUGGAUAUUGAGGGUUUGGAUGAGUACGUUCCUCUUCCACCUGCUGCUUCUGCAGGCAUAUCAGCUGCAGCUCUUGCCUCUACUCUUGGCCCAUCUCCCCUCCCCGCAUCCUCCACCUUCGCUCUCUCUUCUGCCUCUCCUGCUGCGGUCGCUGCCGCCACCACUGCUGCGCCUGGUGUAGCUAGUAUUGCUGCUGCAGCAACCAUUCCUGCUCAGUUCGCCCCUCGCGCACCAGCACCACUGCCGCUCCCAGUCGCCACAGCCUGCCCAACCUACCCCAUCACAGCCGCUGCACUGGAGAGUCUGGCUCGGCACUGCCCGAGCCUGGAGGAGCUGUGCCUGGUGCCGUCCUUCUAUGUGCACCGCAGCGGGCCUGCAGUAGAGGCGCUGGCUGCGGGCUGCAAGUCACUGCGGGUGCUGCGGCUAACUCGGUUCUUGGGACUUGGACGAGGGGUGCUGGCUGGUGGCGAAGCGGGAGAGGGUGUGGCACAGAGGGCAGGUGGGCAGGAGGAGCAGGAGAAGCAGGAGGAGCAAGAGGCAGUUAAGCAGGACGAGCAGUCGCAGCAGUUUCAGCAGCAGGAGGUGCAGCAGCAGCAGCAGCAGCAGCCGCAGCAAUGGGAUGGCCAGUUCGGCUCAGCCUUCCCUUGCGCUCCAUUCGUCGAUGAACCUUCGAGCUUCCCCUUGGCAGAUUGUGGUAACCUGGAUGGUGGUAACCUGGAUGGUGGUAGCCUGCAGGAGUGGAUGCAGUGGGAUAGCGCCCCCUCGUUGCUGCCUCCCACCCUGGACGGUUUCAGCAGCGGCUGGGAGGUGGACGACUCUCUGCUUGCAGACCUGCAGCAGUGGCAGCAGCUGCAGGACCAGCAGCAGCAGCCGCCGGAGGAGGAGGAGCAGCAACAGGGGUGCCCGCGCCCUCUCAUUGUAGCUGGCAGCAGCGAGACCAUGGGCACUGGCAGCACUGCCACCAGCAUUGCUGCCUGCCCCAACGCCCUCCCUUGCGCUAGUGGCUGCACCAGCACCAGCACCAACACCAGCACCAACACCAACACCAGCACCACUGGCUCCUCUCGCUCUCCCAUGUCUCCACCUUCUCCCCUCUCACAGCCUCCUGUCCUCCCACCCCUCGCUCAGUUGGCAGCACUGGAGGAGCUGGAGUUACAAAUGUGCUCCGACAUGACAGACAGGGACAUGCAGGCAGUACUCGAUGGGUGCCCCAAGCUGCGGAGGCUCGACGUGGUGGCGAAUCAUCGGCUGUCGGCCCGCCCCUUUGCGCUGGGCUGUGCUGUGUGCGCUGCGGGGGGGCAGUGCGCAGUGGCUGCGGCUGGUGGGAGCUGCAGGGCGCGCGGGCACGCACUGGAGAGCGUGCGAGUGAUGCAGUGUGACAAUGUGGAUUCGCACGAGUUGCUGCGAGCACUCAUGCCAGCACGCACAACCCUCAAGGGCAUUCAAACGACUGCUUCCUGGACCCACACCAGCCCCCCGCUGCCCCUCGCCUGCUUCUCCGCUCUCGAGACGCUGUGCCUCGAAGUCUCUGUCGACGCCUCACUGUCUCCCCUGCUCAGUGCUGGCCUGGCUGCCUGCCCCAACCUCAAGUUCUUCUUCCUCUCUCUCUACGGCGCUCUCGAGCAAGACACCCUUCCGCUCCCACCCCACCACUACUCCCUCUCCUUCCUCUCCCAGCCCCCUGCACUCACCUACCUCUUCCUCUCUCUCGAAGGAGUCCAAUGCGCCACCGCCCCUGCCUUGGCCUCGCUCGAGCUUGCACUGCUAGCGUCCUGCCCGUCUCUUGCCAUUCAAGAGGUUGAAUUCCGGCCCGCGCCCUGCCCGGUGGUGUCUGCUUCGCUGUCCCUUGAUCUGCUCUCUCCCGAUGCUGCUCGGCUUCUCUCGCUGUCGCCGUGUCUCCGACGGGUGGCUUUAGGGGGAGUGGUGCAGGAGCCGGCGAUGGUGAAGCUUCUGAGAAGCCGCACGCUGCGCGAUGUGGUGUUUCUCAUGCCGCCUGACUGCUCUGACACAUUCAGGAGCUUCUUUGAGUCGGUUCUCAAGUCGAGGGGGUAUUCGGAUCAGCCGAGGAGUGGAACGGAGUGCGUAUUGGAUGUUUGUGUCACGACUAGUUGUGCUUAG